AUGGCAACCAGGAAACGGGCGUCAUCCGAAGACCCUGAUGAACCAGUUGACAAGAAACCAAAUAUUCUUCCGGGCGAAAGUGGCGAAUUCGAUGGCGACAUCGACAUCCUUGGUGGCGCUAAUGAUAUGUCAAUUUGCCAGAUUUGCAACAAUGCCAUCGAUCUUGGUCUCGACGAAGCUGAGACCCAUACGAAUGCUUUACAGCAUGCCGCCACCCACUCAGUGUUGAAAUUUGAGAAAACCUGCUCGCGCUGUCCAUUCGUCGGAAAAAGCAAAGAUCUGAUAGCUCUCCACAUUAAACAAAAACACGGAGAUGAUGGCAAAGUGUUGAUGAACAUCCAGUCCCAGCAUGAGAAUUCGCUAAAGGAACUGCUGCCGACGUGCUUUCCACUGCUGGCCCAAUUAUGGGAUACGGUCACUGGGGACGAGGAGGAUCUAGACGUUGGUAUGGACAAUUUUGACGAGGAACAGGCCUACAACCUCAUCCCAAGCCUUUUGGCGACCGAAACGAUCGUCGAGAAUUGUCAGAAAUGUAACCGUCGGCAGUCUGUCGUGCGGAAUAUGGGACAGCACGUCUGGACUCACAUGGGCACCAAGCGAUUCUACUGUGAAAAAGGCUGCGGUUUCGGAUGUUAUCAAAUGACGCGCGCCGGCCACAAAUGCGAGUCCUUUGGUGGAAAGUGGAGCAAGAAAGUCAUCGAUACAAUUACCGAACAAAUGAUUGAUAACUUCAUGGCACUGGUCGGCGAGUGCUAUCCGCAAAACGCCGAGAAUGUGCGAAACUAUAUGGAGCGAAACUUGCUGUCUAGCAUGGAGAACCCCGUGCCCUUGGCUAAUUACAAACUCCAAAAACCGAGCAGCAGUCAGCCGGUCAUUGCCCGAACUGCGCCGAAACCGGCAGCAAUGGGCCCGAAAUGCAUGAAAUGCGGCGUGGCAAAGCCCGGGAUACUUCAGAGCAAGAAUUUGGUCGACCACGCAAUGACGCACAUCGAUUUUCGCCCAUUUCGAUGCUCAAUAUGCGGCCUCGGAACCCGAAUCUCCGCCAACCUCGUCAAACAUUUCCGAGCCCAGCAUAAUGGGGAAGGGGCUGUGGUGGAUGUCAGCACGAAGGAAUUUUACGAAGAGGUCAAGAUUAUGGCGCAGGAAAUCUAUCCGGGGUACGAGGACGACAUUGAGCGAUACAUGGCCAAAUACUUGAAUGCUGACUUUGCGGCGCGCAAGGCGCAAUCCGAAUCGUUGCCCACCGGAAAUAUGGGCAUGAAUUUAGAUGAUGCGGAUGAAGCUGAAAUGUUGAGUCAGGCAGCCGAAGACGUUGACAAGCUGUUCAAAGCCGAUGGAGAUUCACGUGACGUCAAGCAUUGCGGAGGGUGCGACAAGGCAAUUGCGUAUUCUGGCGGCAAGCGCUUCCGGAACCUCAUAGAACAUGCCGCAUCUCAUAUAGCCAUCAGGCCAUUCAGCUGCUCGGUUUGCGGCAUGUCGCUUCGUCUGAAGCGCAACGUCCACAAACAUGUCAACAAUUCGCACAAUGGGCGCGGAGAGAUUAUUGAUGCCACCACGAAAGAGUAUUACACGGAUCUGAAGAAUAUGGCCGCCGUUCUGUUCCCUGACGAAGCACACUACAUCCAGCAAUACGUGCCGAAGAAAUGGCUGGAGAGUAACCAACCGGAAGUGCCAAGUUUUAGUGGUGAGAAGGAUGAGCCAACACAGAAGGACAACACGCAAACCGACGAUGAUAUCUUUCAGAAGUGUUCGAUGUGCAACAAGAAGUUGAACAUCGGGCGCUGUUAUCGACGGAUGGCCUGGCAUGGAAAUACGCACGUUCAUCAACGCGCAUUUGGAUGCUCACUGUGCAGCCACGGAAUGCGCACAAAAACGCAGGUCAGCAGCCACUUGAGCCGCCAGCAUAAUGGAAAGGGUCAUUUGAUAGAUCUAAGAAAUCAAGAAUACUACGAGUCGGUCAAAAGCAUGACGCUGAGCUGUUUUCCGCAGAAAAAGGCGUUGCUCGUGCCAUACCUCGACCGCAUGAUUGAAGAGGCGCUGCAGGGCGUUGGCAUUGGAAUGGAUGGCGCAGAGGGCAGCAACUCUCCGGAAAUAGAUGGAACCGACACCGAUGACGGCUAUUUUGUGAAAACGCCGACGAUGACGUUAGAUGUCAUCCAGAAUUGCUUCCAGGAUCAAAAGUUCCCCUCUUCCAUCUCUGAUGAAUCUGACUGUUUCCGGCAAGGCGUUUUUCGAGCAACGAGCUCUUUAUGCCGAGAUGUCAAGAUCAAGCAAGAAAAAGACGAGGAGCCACAUUCCUUCUCUAUACUCGCCGAGCCAAUUCUUCUCUCCACGCCCGUUCAGCUCGAUUUGCGGAAUGGACAAAACCAUCAGAUGACGGAUAGCGGUUUCGACGAGGUCGCAAUUCUGCAUGCAAGACUCAUCGAGCGCGACAAGCAGAUUGAGGACUUGAUGGCCCAAUUGGUCGAUAACAAGCAGCUCCAAGAAGAAGUGCGCAAGAAAAAACGACACAUCGAUGAGCUCCAGACGACGGUAGCACAACUCCGGGAAAAGCAGAAAGAUUUGUACGGCAUAAUUGGCGAAUCUACGACUGAGAACAAGUUGCUCGAAGCUGAGAACAAGCGGCUGAAGGCUCAACUUCAAAAA